UUCAUCAGUUGGCCCCAGCCUAUGGUUGGUUGGCGCCCAAGUCUCGGGUGGAUAUAUAUUUCUAGUUUUGACUCUUGGACUAAAAGUAUCUGACAUCAUCCUGCUUCAAAAUGGAUUCUUCUUGGAGUAAUUUUCUGUUUCAGACUCCGCCCUCACAGACCCAGUCUGAGACAGCCCUCCAAUCAGAGCUGCUUCCGGACAUGACUGGCUCCGCCCAGAACCCCCCUACAGAGCACAUAGCCCCGCCCCCAUCCACAGUGGACACAGCCGCCCUGAAUGAAGAGACUUUACCUGAAAAGGCCGUCUCCAAGCCUGGCCGGCCCACACACAUCUGCGCAACAUGUAACAAGCAGUUUAAGAACAACUACAACCUCCGGCGCCAUCAGUCGGUGCACACUGGCAUCAAAAUGAAGGACAGAGCAGCCAGAGAGAGGGAGGACGGGAGCAAGGGAGGAGGAGGGGGGCGGCAAACAAUCCCUCUCUCCCUCCUCCACCUCUCUCUGCCCUCUCAUCCUCCUCCCGCAGUAUCCCUCCCCCAACCCUCCCCACUUGGAAACCAGGAGGGCCAACCUGUUGCGGUGGCCAUCGCCCCAGCGACCGUCACCAUGGCUGCGCCCCAGGUGCUCCAAGCUGCAGUUGUGGUUGCCGGGACAAUGGUACAGAACCAGAACCAGGGGCCUCAACCCUACCCCAACCCUAGCCCCAACCAGGUGAGGAAGAACCAUGCAUGUGAGGCCUGUGGGAAGGCCUUCCGAGAUGUGUACCACCUGAACCGCCACCGGCUUUCCCACUCGGACGAAAAGCCCUACCACUGCCCCAUCUGCCAGCAGCGCUUCAAGAGGAAAGACCGCAUGAGCUACCAUGUACGCUCACACCAAGGAGGGGUGGAGAAACCUUACGUCUGCCCCCACUGCGCCAAGGGAUUCUCACGACCCGACCACCUCAACAGUCACGUCAGACAGGUGCACUCCACUGAGAGACCCUUCAAGUGCCCGACCUGCACGUCUGCCUUCGCCACGCGGGACCGUCUCCGUGCCCACCUGAUUCGCCACGAGGAGAAGGUGCCGUGCCACAUCUGUGGCAAGCUCCUCUCUGCCGCCUACAUCACCGAUCAUAUGAGGGUCCACAACCAAUCACAGCACCACGCCUGCCACCUGUGCAACCGCAGCUUCACUACCCUCACCUAUCUGCGUGUCCACGCUCAGAAACACCACGGCCAGGAGUGGAAGGAGAGCGGAGGGACGCGGGGCAUGUUCGGCGGGGCUGGUGCCGGCGGGGUGCUGCUGUGCCAACUGUGUGGGGUGCAGUGCAAGACACCCACCCAGCUCCAGGGCCACAUGGGCACCCACGCCGUCACCCAGGUCCAGGGCGCCCCCAGCCCCAGCAGUAGCCCCGCGGGGACCGGUACCAUGGCUGUGGCCGUGUCUCUGUCAGGCAGCUCAACCGUGGGCCUGCUGGUCACUGACUGCUCCAGCAUCGCCCCCCAGCCUCUCAGCUAGCAGCCAGGCCCAUUGGAGAGAGGGAGGGGGAAGGGGGAGAGGGGAUGGAGGUAAAGGGGUGCCGUAUAGACUGCAGUUAGGACAGCUUGAAAGAGGAGUGGAUGUGGCUCCGGGGUGAAAUUUCUCCUAAGUACAGAUGUACUGUAGGAUCAGUUUCCCUUCCCCUAAUCCUAACCAUUAAUGGGGAAAAUGAAAUACUGACCCAGGAUCAGCAUAUAGGGGCAUUCACCCCCCAGGGCCCCAUUUGUUUUUUUUACCUUUAUUUUACUAGGCAAGUCAGUUAAGAACACAUUCUUAUUUUACAAUGAUGGCCUACCCCGGCCAAACCCUAACCCAGGCAACACUGGGCCAAUUGUGUGCCGCCCUAUGGAACUCACAAUCACAGCUGGUUGUGAUACAGCCUGGAAUCAAACCAGGGUCAGUAGGACUGAGAUGCAGUGUCUGGGAGCCCUUUGUAUUUGAUCCUAUUUAACAUGUUGCUGUUGUUUAUGCAACAGUCACUUUAUCAACUGCCAUUGGUGGCCACGAGAGAGAAGAGGAAAGGAGAGAUUGUGGAAUCCCCCUUUUUUUGUAUCAAAUUCUACUGAACAAAGAGAACGUUUUCCUGUUCAAUAUGAAACUUUUCCAUUCACAUAGAACCCAAACUCCCAUAACGAUGUUUGGGAUUUUACAAAUGCAUUGCUAUUUCUUUUCCUUGGAAAUAUUGAUUAUACAGUAUAUGAUCACCCAGACGCAGUAUGAGCUGUGGUCCUACAUUGGCUUUUUGCUUUUUAAGAUGAACAGUAUCCCAAGAAAGGACUGUUGCCUUUUCAACAGAAACAUGUCAUCACCAUGUAACUUUACCAUAUCACUUAUAGACAGAUAGCAUCAAUUGGGUAUUUAUUUGUCUGUAUAUUUGGCCACUGAAUGCUCGUCUUUCUUUGCUUCCUAUGAUCUUGUUGUUAUUAUUCUGGAUGCUCUGAUUUUUAAUUCUCUCAAAGUUGAAUUGGUCUGAAAAGUAUUUGUACUUUUGUGACGCGUUUUUGUGAGAUUGCAUUCUAGACUGUUCAUCUGUUGGUGUAGAAUUUCCUCUGUUAAUGUCACUGUAUUAAAGCGGUAGUAUGUAUAACCUAUAUGCACUUUAUCUGUGAACAUGUACAGCAUCUGAUAUCAGAGGUGCCAGUAGAAUAGAAAAUGAUUAUGUCUCUGGAGAAAAAUGUAAUUAUUUUAAAACUUUUGUUUGUUUGUUGUCUCUAUAUAGAUGUAGUUAUGAUAAUCUGAAUAGAGAUUCUAUGAACCGUU